AUGGAGAAGUCGUCUGAGACUGAGAAUGGUAAGGUGAAUGAAGGAACUAUGAAUAAGGGGGAAGUGGUAAAAGAAGGGAAAGAAAAUGAGAAGGAGAAGGAUAUUGAUUUUGAGAAGGGUGAACCCUCUAUUAAGCUAAACAAGGAGGGGGGGGGGAUAGAAGAUUCUCCUUUGGUUGACAUUGCGAAAGAUGAUGAAUUGUCUUUGGAGUUGACUGCUCAGAAGAGUAAGGAUGGAAAUGUCAAUGUGUUGGCUAGUACGUCAAAAGGUGGGCAAGAAAUGGAAGAGGAAGAGUAUAAGAGGGAAGAGGAUGCUAGGGAAGCAGAUGGGGGACUUCAUGUAGGUGGUGAUGAGUUGCAGAAGAGUAUUGAAGUUGCUUCUGGAACCUCUUUGAUAAGGAGUGGAGAUGUUAAUAUUGACAUGAUGAACUUGAGUGUUGAUGUAGGGAAGGAAAAUGUACUUGUUUGUGGUAUUAACAUACAAUGUUCUCCAGAAGUAAGUUCUUCUUUUCUGAUUGAGCAUCAGUUUAAAGUUAAGAGAAUGGAAAACAUAUCUAUGGAUGAUGAGUAUGGAUUAGUAAGGAAUAAAAAACCUUAUGAUAAAGGAUUUCUCUAUGAGCAGGAGAGUUCCAAGACAUGGGCUGCUUUGUCAGAAGAUCUUGAAGACAAUUUGCAUAUGAUAGAAGUUAUGGAGGCAAAUUUGGAUGCUUUGGGAGAUCAAGUGGUUGUAGAUUCUGUAGAGUCUAGUCCUAAGUUUAGUCCUAGAG